AUGCCUUUCUGGGGGGUACUUGAUCGUGUCUCUCAGCUGUUUCCUCCCAAGCCCGACUUCACUGAGGACCAGGUCCCAGACCUCCAUGGCAAAGUCUACAUAGUCACCGGAGCCAAUACCGGUGUAGGCAAGCUCCUCACUGAGAUUCUUUAUUCCCGCAACGCAAAGGUCUACGUUGCCGCUCGUUCAGAGGAAAAGGCCAACAAUGCCAUCGCUUCUAUCAAGGAGACAGCUCCCGAUUCCAAUGGCGAGCUAGUCUUCUUGCGCCUUGAUCUCGCCGAUUUGGCAACCAUCAAGGCUUCUGCCGAUAGCUUCCUGCGACAGGAGAGCAAGCUACACGUCCUCUUCAAUAACGCAGGUGUUUUGUUCCCCCCAGCAGGCUCCAAGACCGCCCAAGGUUAUGAAGUUCAGCUCGGCGUCAACAAUGUUGGCACUUUCAUGUUCACCAAGCUCCUCACGCCUGUGCUCGUCGAGACGGCCAAGACCGAGGAGCCAGGCACCGUCCGUGUGGUGUGGGUGUCCUCGUCGGCUGCCGAAUCACCCUCCGUCCCCCGUGGCGGCGUAGACCUUGGCAACAUCGACCAGCGCAGUUCCAGGUUUAAUCUCGACAGUUAUGCCCUCAGCAAAGCCGGCAAUUAUCUUCAUGCCGUCGAGUUCGCCGAGCGCCACAGAGCUGAUGGCAUCGCCAGCAUUCCGUUGAACCCGGGCAACCUUCAGUCGGAUCUUUGGAGGACGCAGUUUGCCAUCACCAAACUUUUCUUAUCCACUUUCUUCCUGCAUCCUCCUAAGCUCGGGGCUUACACGGAGUUGUUUGCUGGACUGUCACCAAAGGUCACGAUGGAGAAAACCGGUCAUUGGGUUGGACCAUGGGGUCGAUUUAUGCCGAUUCGCAACGACCUGCAGCUUUCUACCAAAUCCAAAGAAGAGGGUGGGUAUGGUACAGCAAAGGCGUUCUGGGAAUGGAAUGAGGAACAGGUCAAGCCAUACCUCUGA